CUUCUCUUCUCUUCCCUCCAACGUUGUUUUCCAUGAGACCACCUCAGGCGAAGACCCCGACAAGGUUUACGGUCUCUUUCUUUGCCGCGGCGAUCUCAACUCCCCUGCUUGCCACGACUGUGUAAUUUCUGCCAUCAGAGAUGUAACCAAACACUGCCCUAUUAAAAAAGAAGCUGUAAUAUGGUAUGAUGAGUGCCAUUUACGUUACUCAAACCAACCUUUCUUUUCCCUCGUGGCUGAAGAUUCCAGUAUUUCGAUGCCAAGCCCCGAAAAUGUUACGGAACCAGAAAAGGCUGAUGAUUUGGUAGCGGUAGUGUUGCGUUUGAUGAGCGAAGCGGCGAGGAAAGCUGCUUAUUCUCCGAAUAAAUUUGCGGGUGUAAAGAGGGAGAACUUGAGAAUUAAUCAAACAUUGUAUGGUCUAGUACAGUGCACGCAGGACCUGUCCAGUGGAGAUUGUUCUAGAUAUCUUGAAGAAGUUAAUGCAGAGUUUUCAGAGUGUUGCCGGGGAAAGAAAGGAGGAAGAGUUUUUACUCCGAGUUGUAGUGCUCGGUUUGAGUUCUACUUAUUUUUUAAAGAAAGCUUCUUUUCAACAUUGGAGCCGGCACCGGUACGGGCAUCGGCACGGUUACUGGAACAAGUAAACCAAUCAACUGAUGCAGGACCGGGACCGACUCUGAAUACACCAGGGACAGUCGUACCAUACAAACCGGGACCGACUGCGAAUGCAACACGGACAGUACCAUACGAACAGGCACCGACUCCGAAUGCAACACGGACAGUACCAUACAAACAGGCACCGACUCCACCUACACUUUCACCGUCAAAAGCACCAGCACCAGCACCAGCAACGGAAGAGGAACCGAUACCACCGAAACCGCCUGUUGUUCAAGCUAUGCCACCGAAACCGCCUAUUUUUAAACAUAUGCCAUCACAAAUAGCUCGAAAAAGAAGGCAAGCAAUAUGGAUCGCAAUCGGGACAAUUAUACCAACAAUUCUAGUACUCUUGCUAUCUGGUUUUUUCCUGCUACCUACUUGGAGAAGAUAUAAAGAGGAGAAAGCAAAAAGACGAGCACUUAAAGUACUUCGUUUAGGAGAUGAGCAUAAUGUUUUACAAGAGAGGCAUCAAGGGGAAUCUAAAGACUUCCCUAUUUUCCCUUUAGGCCAAAUCCUUGAGGCUACAGGGUAUUUCUCUGAUGAAAACAAGCUAGGAGAAGGUGGGUUCGGUCCUGUGUACAAGGGUGUGUUAGCAGAUGGUAGAGAAAUUGCAGUAAAGAGGCUCUCAACAACAUCUGGGCAAGGGCUACAAGAGUUCAAGAACGAAGUUGUCUUAAUUGCCAAAUUACAACAUAACAAUCUUGUGAGACUCUUGGGAUGUUGCUUAGAGGAAAAAGAAUUGCUUCUCAUCUAUGAGUACAUGCCCAACAAGAGCCUUAAUUUCCACCUAUUCGAUUUAAGAAAGGGUAUUCAUUUGGACUGGAAGAAACGUGUAAGCAUCAUUAAUGGCAUUGCACGGGGUCUUUUGUAUUUGCAUGAGGAUUCUCGACUUAAAAUUAUUCAUCAUGAUCUCAAAACUGGUAAUAUCUUAUUAGACCAUGAGAUGAAACCAAAGAUAUCAGACUUCGAAAUGGCGAGGAUAUUUUGUGGAAGCCAAAUUGAAGCUAAUACCAACCGAGUUGUUGGAACAUAUGGAUAUAUGGCUCCAGAGUAUGCUAUAAAUGGAAUAUUUUCAGUUAAGUCAAACGUUUUUAGUUUUGAAGUUCUUCUAUUAGAGAUUAUAAGUGGGAGAAAAAAUACCGGAUUUUAUCUUUCAGAAGAUAGCCAAAGCCUUAUUGCUUAUGCAUGGAAGCUAUGGUGUGAAGGAAAAGCAUUAGAGCUAAUGGACCCAAUGAUGCAGUCAUGUGUUCCAGUUGAAUUAUUAAAAUUCAUUCAUAUUAGAUUAUUAUGCGUUCAGAAAAAUCCAACAAACAGACCUACCAUGUCAACAGUAGUUGUUAUGUUGGUAAGUGAUGCAGUAAAACUUCCUAAACCAACCCAACCUGCAUUUUCUUUUGCUCGGACUGUUGCAAAAUCAGAUCAGUCCCCAUCAAAUGGUAAAGGAUGCUCUAUUAAUGAGACACGUUUUCAGUUCAAGGAUCGUCUCAUAAGCAGGUUAGAUGAUGCCAAUGAGAUUGAUGUGCUUCGGAAACAAAGUGAGAAUGACAUGAAACGUUGCCUAACCUAGUGGAAUCUCACCUGGUUUGGAUUUGGUGCGCUUAUUGGAGUUGGUAUCUUUGUGCUCAAAGGGCAGGAUGCUAAUAGAGAUGCUAGACCAGCCAUUAGUUUGUCCUAUGUUGCUUCUGGUGUUUCUACAAUGCUCUCUGUCUUCUGCUACACGGAAUUUGCAAUAGAGAUCCCAGUAGCAGGUGGAUCAUUUGCUUACUUAUGAAUUGAAUUACGAGACUUUGCAACGUUCAUCACAACUGGAAGUAUAGCAGUUGCAAGAUCAUGGACUUCUAAUUUCACAACUCUUUUGAACCGUCAAACCAACUUAUUAACGAUCCACACUAAUUUCACGGCUGUUGGAGUCCUGGCAAUUGCAGCAACAAUCUGAUGUAGGGAAAAUGGUGUUAAAUGAGGAUUUACCUUUGUUUCUUU